ACAGGUUUUAUCGGAAUAGACCCGUGAAUGAACCUCCGGGUCCGAAUGCCGUGUUCCACUCUUAUCGCCAUGGAAUGUAAUUUAACGUUACUUUGAUUAAGCUGAUGCGGAUAAGACGUGCUAACCUAGGCUUGUCAGUACGUUACAGCUAUUCAUAUCCUAACCUAACACCUUGCACGGUUCGUUUUUUAAGAAUCUUGAGUGUAGUCACGGUAACAUCCUUCCACUCACUACCUAGUUUUUGUACUCUAAUCGCUGAAAAUACAGCAAUACAGCUUAUAUCGCAACAUCUUGGAUCGCAAAGAUCAUGACGACGAAUGCUCUGCCGCUGCGCGAGCGCAAGCCUGAAGCCGAGCUCGAAGACUGGGUUUCAGUAGAAGCACCUAUUAUUAGCGGGACAACGCCUACGCCAGCGUCCGCGCCAGCGCUAGUAGAGCCUAUUGUCGAUCGCAUCACGCGAACCCAAGCCGACCUCAAAGAGCUCCUCGCUUUCUACAAGAUCGAAACCUCGCCUAUCCAAUACGACCGAUUGCAAGAGUUCUAUGACGAAGAGCUCGAGUCCCUGAAAGAUGUGCCGUUCAAGAUAUAUACACAGGACGAGAAGGUGGAUUACCUGCUUCUGAAAGCCCAAUUGUCCCGCGCUCGCCAAACCCUCGAACUCGAGCGGGCGCGCGAUGAAGAAAUCGGCCCGUUGUUCGAACCGUUCGCUGCGAGUAUCAAAGGAUGGAUUGGAGCGCGGAUGCGAGUCGAACCAGUCGAUCCCAGGGACGUAGCUACAGAGUUCCAUGGCUUACUGGAUGAGGUGACUCGAUGCAAAGGGGUAGCUGAGAGGUCAGGGCCAGAAAAGUACUCCAAACCGACGGGCUAUCGGGCUGUCAAGAGAAUCAGUCAACUGCGGGAACAUUUGAAGGAAAUGUACGACUUCUACGACGGCUAUGAGCCUUUAUGGGAUUGGUGGGUCCGCAAGCCAUACGCGGCUCUCGAUACGGCGCUGGGUGCUCUUGCCUCCUCGAUCGAGGAAAACGUUGUCGGAAUUGGGUCAGGCGACGAAGAUACCAUAAUCGGCCAGCCUAUUCGCCGAGAUGGACUUUUGGCCGAACUGAAGGCUGAGAUGAUCCCUUAUACGCCAGAAGAGCUGAUUCGUGUUGCGGAGAAGGAGUAUGCAUGGUGUGAAUCAGAGAUGAUCAAGGCGUCGAAAGAGUUAGGUUUCGGAAAAGACUGGCACGAAGCGCUGGAGCAUGUUAAAGGCCUUACUGAGGCACCAGGCUCCCAGCCACUGUUCAUCAAGUCUCUGGUUGACGAGGGAACGGCGUAUGUGAAGAAGCACGAUCUAGUAACAGUUCCAAAAGUGGCAGAAGAGGCCAUUCGCAUGGUCAUGAUCCCGCCAAGUCAGCAAAAGGUCUCACCUUUCUUUCUAGGAGGCCCUGUUCUGUACGUGUCCUACCCGACAUCUGACAUGUCCCACUCGGACAAGAUGAUGAGCAUGCGCGGGAACAAUCGCCAUUUCUCCAAAGCUACAGCGUUCCACGAAAUGAUACCUGGACAUCAUUUACAGUUGUUCGUUGCCGAGAGAUCGAACCCCCACCGCCAGGUGUUCCAAACACCCUUUUACGUUGAAGGAUGGGCGCUCUACUGGGAACUGCUUCUUUGGUCGAGAGGAGACUUCUUCACAAGCCCGGAGGACAGAGUCGGGACACUGUUUUGGCGAAUGCACCGCUGCGCACGUAUCAUAUUCAGCUUGAAAUUCCACCUUGGUCAGAUGACACCGUCUGAGUGUGUUGAUCUCCUCGUCAACUGGGUUGGCCAUGAGCGCGCAAAUGCGGAGGGUGAGGUGAGGCGAAGCUUCAACGGCGAUUACAGCCCACUAUACCAGGCGGGCUAUCUACUAGGUGCCUUGCAAAUCUGGGCCCUCAGAAGCGAGGCGGUCGACCAAGGGCUCAUGCCAGAGAAAGAGUUUCACGACAGGAUACUCAAGGCUAAUAUGAUGCCAAUUGAGAUGGUGCGGGCGCUUCUUCUUGAUCAGGAGCUCAGUCAAGAUUUCGAGAGCAGGUGGAAGUUCUAUGGGGAUAUCUAGCUCGGCACCCUUAAUUCUCCCGUCUGACUAUUCGCCGUCUGAUUACAGUGUCAUACGUUUAGACCAGGGAUCAGUCAUGCCCACAGCUUGCAUAUGUCGCAGCAGACUCUUUAGUGACUACUCCAAAUAAGCGAGACGUUGAUACGCAGCGCUCACUCGUAGCAUGACUACGUCAUAUUGAGUGACUAGGAUAUACUAUUAGAAGUAAUAUACUAUCCAGGGGAAAGAGCGAGCGCGUCUCGGAAAGGUGGUUUGACUUUGCCUUUGUUUAGCGAGUUUAGCGAGUCAAAAUUUAAUGUCUGGUCGAGUAUCCAA